AUGCGUUUCUCAUCCCUCACCGCCGCCGCGCUCACCAGCGCCUCCCUAGCCUCAGCCCGCAUCAUCGGCAUCGCAGCGCCCUCGACCAUCGCGCCCAGCGAGCCCUUCACCAUCUCGCUGCUCACAGAAAACUACAUCCAAACCGUUGCCGACAUCUCCGUAGCAUGGGGCUACACCUUCUCGCCCUACAACGCGACGAUCGGGUCCUUCGUGUCGUCCGCCUACCUCGGCCCCAACGUGUCCAACAUCCUGACCAACAUCUCCAUCCCCGCGACGGCGCCCGCUGCGUUCAACAACACGAGCUAUCUGGGCAAGGAGAUUACGCUCACCGCGGCUGUGACGAGCUUGUUUGGCGCGAGUGGGAGUGUGAGUUCGAGUGGGUUUGAGGUUAGUGUUUUGGUUGGCACCGAGACGGGGGAUGAGAUUGUUACGAGCGAUGGGUUUGCGUGGGUGAAAUAG